UAAAACCUUACCGUUUUAAUUUUAAUAAAAAAUGAAAGAAAAAGUGUGUUACAUUUGGGAUGAAGAUUUAAUUGAUCAGUGUAAUCGCUUGCCUGCUGUAUGUGGAAGAGCAAGUAUGGUACAUGAUCUCAUUGUAUCUUAUGAUCUCAAUAAGCAUAUGAAAGUUAUUCGUUCAUCUGCUGCCACUUAUGAAGAUCUGAAAAAGUUUCACUCUGAGUUGUACAUUGACUAUUUAAAAUCACUCGUUGAUAUUGAUGAAGAUUAUAUGCCUAAUGCAGUUGAUGAGGAAUAUGGAAUAGGAUAUGAUUGUCCCCCUGUGUCUAAUAUGUAUGAUUUAGUAUCAGUGAUUGCUGGAGGCUCUGUAACUGCAGCAAAAAGCCUAGUAAUUGGGGCUGCCGAGGUUGCCAUUAACUGGUGUGGCGGAUGGCACCAUGCUCAACGAUCUGCUGCUGAUGGUUUUUGUUAUGUCAAUGAUAUUGUAUUAGCUAUUGAAACUUUGAAAUCUAAAUAUCCUAAGGUGUUGUAUAUUGAUCUUGAUGUACAUCAUGGUAAUGGUGUACAAGAUGCAUAUUGUCUAAAUAAGAAUGUGCUAACUCUCUCAUUCCACAAGUUGGAGCCAGGAUUUUACCCAGGGACUGGGAACAUUAAUGACAUUGGCUCUUUGACUGGCAAGGGAUACUCAUGCAAUUUCCCCUUCAGUGCUUGGUACUCCAAUGACACCAUUGAAUAUGUUUUCCAAAAUGUGUUCUCAUCAGUGUUUGACAAGUUUUUGCCCGACGCGGUGGUGGUGCAGUGCGGCGCGGACGCACUGGCGCGCGACCCGCAGGGCGGCGGCAAUCUGACCGCGCGCGGGUACUGCGCGUGCGUCACUGCUGUGCUGGACAAGCGAAAACCGACUCUAUUGUUAGGUGGAGGGGGAUACAAUUAUGCAAACGCUGCGCGUGUCUGGACAUCGAUCACCGCCCUCGUAGUUGGAGAGACGUUAGAUGAAAACAUUCCUGAACACAGCCAUUGGACCAAAUACGGACCGGACUAUAUGUUGGCAGUGGAACCCAUGUUAGCUAGAGAUACAAACAAAAAAAAUCAUCUUGAUAAGUGCAUUGCUGAAAUAAAAGAUAAUUUGCAAAAAUAUGUACAACCAAGUAAAUUCCAAGAACGGAUGCUGAAGAGAAAGAUCGACACUGGCGCUCAUCAUGAACAGAAUGACAAAAAGAGUUGUAAUAAUGUUAAUCUGAAUAGUAAAUCGAUAAGCAAAGAUAAAGAUAGUGCUAAAUUACCAAAAACUGUUUCCUCUGAUGUGUACGAUUUUAUAGACUGAUGUAGUUAUAGGAAUUUAAUUAUAUGUUUCAUUUGUUAUCUAUUGAAUUAGUCAUUUAUUACCUUAUUAGAUUUUUAAAUAAAAACAGUAUAGUAAUUCGAAAAAAAUAUAUAUUUUAAAGUUUUCUCACUGAAUUGUUCAGCACACACAGUAAGUUACCAAGUAACACAUUGACUUAUUAAAGGGGGCAUUAAAAUUAUAAUACUCGGGCAUCAUCAGAUCAGUAACUUCAUGCUCUGCAGGUAGAGCCAUGUUAUUAACAAUCAACUUUGUAUUCUUCCUAUGAUCUUUUCCUACAAGCUCAAUUUAAAUCAAAUAUUGACACCUGCUUGAUAGUAAAAUUACCAUGUGCAUGAUUAUUUACAUAGUUUUGAGUACAUGUGAACCCAAAAUUAUCAAUAGCUCUGAAGACAAUUAGAAAAAAUCUA